ACAAAGCCUAUAAAAUUCUACGUUUUGUGGCGACUUGCUCUUCAUUCGCUCCAUCAACUACCGCUGGCUCCACAAGGGUAAACAAAGGCAAUGGAUCCACAGAAGAAGUGCGGUAAGAAGUCACGCGUGAGGGUGCCCACGGUGUGUACUGUGUGUCGCCGUCGUAAGAUGAAGUGUGACAAGGUCAAACCUCACUGCUCAUCGUGCGUGAGGAACGGUACGACCCAUUUGUGCCACUAUGAAGAACAGCCAUGGGCGUCUGAUAACGAGCUACAGCGGCUCAAGGAGCAGGUGUUCCAACUGCAGGAGCAGAACGUUGAGCUGAAGAGGCUGUUGAACGAGCGAGCGCUCGAUGAGGCGGCGCCAGUGGGCGAUAGUACUGGGUUCAUCAUUCCAGAUCAGCCAGCGUCUGACCCUUUUCUGGAGCUUGCAGAGAAUUUUGACCUGAUGUUGUUGAAGGAGAGUAAGAUCUCUCAUUAUGGCUCAACUAGUUACAUGUCAAUUGUUGCCCAGGAUCCCAUCUUACGUCAAGUGUUUCAGAAAUUCCUUGACGUGAAGGCAAUGGGGAUUGAUUUUGGCAAGUAUUUCCUAUAUGACCAGGGGUUCAUUCCCAUGAGAAACGACGAGUGCAGCAUAACUUCGAAUAAUCCAAUGACUUCGAUCUUUGAGCAGGUAACAGGAAGCCAGGAAGAAUUGGUUCAGUCGAUCAGCAAUGUACUACCCCCACGGAACAUAUUGAAUGCACUAAUUGACCAUUUCUUUGCAGAAACAUAUGCGUUUGUCCCUUAUCUGGACGAGGAGUCUUUCAGAAAGAAUAUUGAAUCUUUGAUAUCUUCAACACCGGAAGGUAAGACCGUUCUUGUGUUGAAUAAUGCUUCCCAAUUCGUGACUAUUGCGACGUUACUCUGCGUACUUCGCUUCUCAUUUUUGUCACUACCAGUCCAAACCCCUGAAAACGCACACAAUGAGCUCAUCCAAACAAUAUUGAGAUCGGGUGUACAGGUUCCACCGACCUAUAUAGAGUAUGCAAAGGCUUGUGUGGCAAAUGCCGCAAUUUUCAGAAGACCGUCACUGAAACAUAUCCAGGCUUUAUUGCUUUUAAGAUUGUACAGGUUUUAUGCACCAGAAGAUGGUGAUGAAAGCUCUGACUCGACGAUGUUUCUUGCAUUGCUAGUCCAAAUGGCCAAGAUGCACGGGCUGCAUCGUGAUCCUUCAAGAUUUGGAAUGGUUCAAGAUCAUGCGACGGCACUUCUAUGGAGAAAAAUAUGGUUAGGUCUACUUCAUCUCGAUGCGAUGCAAUCCUUACAAUUUGGCUGCCCUUUACUCAUUGAUGACGAAUAUGAUACGGAAUUACCAGUGCCUAGCUCACUAGACUCUGCUAUGGAAAAGUCUUGUAUCGAAGCAUUUGUCAAAUUGAAUGAAGUUACACAGCUCAUGAGGAGUAUGAUUAAAGCUGCAUCGAAGAUCAAGACGCAUCCGAAACGAUCUGAGCUCGAUACUUGUUUAAGAAAAUUGGAGCACACAAUAUCUAAGUACCGUUCGAUUGAAGAUCUGACUGAUUUGAAAUCACCUGCAGAGACGUUUCUUUCAAAGACAAAUAAGGUCAAAGAGCUCAUAUUGAAGUUACAGCUGUAUAAUCUCCAUUCAGUCUUCGCCUUCAUUCUCAUGUUGACCUGUGAUGGUGGUGAAUUAAGUUCUUUCCAAAGAUACGCUGCAUCAACAGCUGAAUCGACUUUUAUCAUCUUCAGAUUUUACCACUACUAUGCGAGGGACCCUGCCUGUUAUAACAGUGCGUUGAAUUUUGAGGCAUUCCUUAGUGCUUCGGUAUUCGAAUCUGCUAAGAGAUGCUCUCAACAGGCUGCAUCCCUCUGUCUUAGAGACUUAGCUGGUAUGUUUAACAUCUCUAGGGUGUUGAACGGGUUCAAUUUUGAAGAUUCUAAAGGACUAAAACAGUGGUUGACACCUCUUUGUCCCGAGUUUACGCAUGCUGAUCAUAUGUUGAUCCUUAUUGAGCAAUCUGUAAAGUACUGUUCUCUUCUAUCACAGAGAUACUUUGUCUGUUGGAGACUUGUAUUUGUUCAUAACCUUUUUCAAACAUUCUUGGAGACGCAUUACCCAAAUAAGUUUCAAGAUCUCGAUGCAGCAAUCAAACGUUACAAUGCUUCAUCAAUAGAUGGCAAAUCGAUUGACUUGGAUAUUCCAAGUCUUACAAAUGAUACCAAGCUUUUCUUUGGUGUGAACAAGGAAGCAUCCGAUCUUUGGCAACAACUCUUGCAAGAUGCAACGGAUUACAUGGAUUCGAAGGUUUACAAGUUUGAUAGUAUCACUGAUCCCUUUCUCAAAGGGUCUGUUUUUGAUCCAGAAUCACCAGUGACAUUGCAAGACUUUGAUAAUGCCAUGAACUUCAAUACUAAUGACUCGACUUAUCGUGCGGAAUCAUCAAAGGACAUGACACAUCGUUCUUAUUCAUCGAGUAUUAAUACAAAUGACUCGACUUAUCGUGUGGAAUCAUCAAGGGACAUGACACAUCGUUCUUAUUCAUCGAGUAAUAAUACCAAUGGAGAAACAACUCCGCCAUCAAGUACUGAAAGUGGAAUUAGUGAAGGUCAAUUGAACAAUAUGAAGUUCAUGAGUACAGACGUUGCCCAAGAAAUGGUGUCAAACGGAGCUGAUCCAUUAGGGGCUUCUGAAACCAUGCCGACUGAUGAAGAUCUAGCAAUACAGAUUGCUCAUUCCAUGUUUGGAACAAGCAACGGUACAGGUUUUUAAGAUCCAGUGUAUAGUAACAAAACUUAAGGAACAAUUAUAUACAACAGUCUAUCUGCCACCACAUACUGG